AUGUUGGCGCUUACGUACUCGUCCGAUAACUCAACUGAUGGGAGAUCUACCUGCCGCUCGAGUAAGACCCUGCCGGCCGUUCUUACAUGCUGGAGUGGAUACGCCGGACCAAUAAACAAUCGAUUUUCCGCUGGUCGAGGUGCCAAGUCUCGAAAAGGUUACAUCUGCGUCUUCGUAUGGUUCGCCACACGUGCUGUUCACCUCGAAGCCGCUUCGGACUACUCUACCAGGGAGUUUACAGACGUUUAUCGUCGUUUUGUUGGGCGGCGAGGAAUUUGCGCAACACUUUAUAGUAAUUGCAGCACAAAUUUCGUAGGUGCAAGUCGCGAGCUUAAAAAGCUCUUCUUAGAAGCAGGAAGCAGCAGCAGCGACAUCGCUCGACUCCUUGCAAGAGGCGGCAUCGAAUGCAGAUUCAGCCCGCCUUCGGCUCCACACUUUAGAGGCCUCUGGGAGGCGGCAGUAAAGUCUGUAAAAUAUCAUCUCAAGCGGGUCAUCGGAGAGUCUACUCUUACUUUCGAAGAGAGGUCGGCCUUACUCGUACAGGUAGAAGCUUGCUUGAACUCCAGGCCUCUGUGCCCCCUAAAUGAUGACGUCUCUAAUCACUCUUUGCUCACACCAGCUCACUUUGUGAUUGGAGAACCAUUCAACCUUGUGCCCGAGCCAUCUGUAUUUUCCAUUCCUGACAACCGACUUGCGCGCUGGUAA